AUGCCCCCCAAAAAGGCUGACUCUCGUGCUUGCGCACUAUGGUUGCUCAAGAGCAAAGCCAUUAUCGGAGGUGAAGCUUUAGGUCUUCCCAGGCUCAUUCCGAAUCUUAGCAUCCGUUUCCAUGCUCCUUACUGUGGGAAGCUGUAUGUGGCUAUGGUCAUGAGUCUUCCCCUCGGAGAAUACCUCAAAACCACUGUUUUCAACAAUCACGCGGAAGUAGCCAAAGAUCUUACCGUGACCCUCUGUUUCUACAAGAGGAAGUUCCAGAUCAAAUCGGCAGAUAAGCUUAGCGAUGAGCUUUGUGUCCUCAUUAUGGGCCAGCAGGAUACCAGCAACAACGAGUUGUUCAAUCUCCCUGCAUUCUGCUUCCCUUUCUACGAUCGCUUGCACGGUGCCCUUGAGCGUAUCGGAAUUGACGCUGCUUCUCACUUCCCCGUCAUGAGACUGUACUCUAUGGAAGGUGAAGUCAGCUCAUCUUCAAUGUUUAAAGGGCCUAUCGAGGCAGAGUCGACGGAUUUUGACUUCUGGGUCACUUCUGACUUCAAAUCCGGCUACCAGAACAUCGUUUCUCGGAAAACCAAGCCAGAGGCCGAGACAUGGGCAAUUGACAAGCACAUUGGUCUCGCCGCCUCUCCUUGGUGGGUACCUAUAUUACUAUACAACCAGGGACAAUGUGAUAAGGCCUUCGAAGGUGCUAUCGCCUUGAUCAGCGACACGGAGAUAACUCCCAACGACAUUGUCAUGAUCACACCCUAUCGUGGCAACCUAGAGUGCCUUGAGUCUAUUCGCAACGCUAAGGCCAAGGGUAUACCCGACAUUGCGAAUAUCCCUAUCAAUACAACAGACUCCUUUCAGGGGCGCUCAGGGUAUGUUGUAAUUCUGGUACUUGGCGUCAAUCAGUCCAGUGGUCCGCGGUUCGUUGCCAACAAGAACCGCCUUUGCGUUGGAACCACUCGCCAUGUUGGAGCUUUAUUUGUGUUCGGUGAAGUCGAUACUGUCCCUGAGGCUAUGGCAGUGGCUGAAAAGAACAAGACCUCCCUCUAG